CCCAGCUCCCAGCACCCUGAUACCCCUUCCUGGCUCCCCUCAAACUGGGGGUCUUGGCCAGGAGGUGAGGGGGUCCUGGAUGCCCUCCUCAUGUUGUGCUCCUCUGCCCCACACAGGGGUGCCCCCCUGGAGGUGAAGGCGCCCGUGCCCCCCCCUCAGUCAGAGUGUAACCCCGUGGGGGCUCUGCAGGAGCUGGUGGUGCAGAAGGGUUGGCGCCUGCCCGAAUACACAGUGACACAGGAGUCGGGGCCGGCGCACCGCAAGGAGUUCACCAUGACGUGCCGCGUGGAGCGCUUCGUGGAGAUCGGCAGUGGCACCUCGAAGAAGCUGGCGAAGCGCAACGCGGCCGCCAAGAUGUUGGUGCGCAUCCACAACGUCCCCAUGGAGCCACGCGAGGGCAGCGAGGCUGAGGUGGAAGAGGAUCAGUUCUGCAUGGCGGGUCCUCGGCUGGAGGGGCUGCGGGGCCGCGCUCCAGGCUGCACGUGGGACUCCCUGCGUAACUCCGCGGGCGAAAAGAUUGUGCAGCUGAGGAGCCACCCGUUGGCACCCAUGGGUGCGGGCGCCUGCGCGCUGCUGCAGGAGCUGUCUGAGGAGCAGAGCUUCGCCAUCAGCUACCUCGACAUCGAUGCGCUCAGUCUCAGCGGGCUGCACCAAUGCCUGGUUGAGCUGUCCACGCAGCCGGCCACCGUCUGCCACGGCGCUGCCCCCUCCCGCGACGGCGCCCGCUCCCACGCCGCCCGCAACGCCCUCCAGUACCUCCGCAUCAUGGCAGGGGGCAAAUGAGCCCCCACUCCCCCCGCCCGGAUGGACCCCCGGCACCCGGAGGCCCCCUGGAUGGAGCCGGGGAUGGGAGCGUAGACGGACCCACGGAUGGAUGGAGUCACAAAAGUGACACGUGGACACCCUGACGGACAUCCAGAUCCAGCAACGCGCCGUGUGGGCACCUGGACGGACCCUCGGGUGUUCUGACGGACACACGGAUGGACAUUCGGGCCCUGGAUGGAGCUCAGGGCCAGGGGGGCCUCUGUUCUGCCCCCCACCCCCAGGUGGGUCCUUGGGCACAGGCAGCCCCCAGGAAUAAAGCUGGGGGGGUUUG